CAUUUCAAAUAAUGAGCUUUAUUAUUAUUAAAAUAUUGGAUCUCCAUUGUUGGUUUUACAUAGCUAUUGUUUUAGUGAGUAAUCCUCCCUAAUGGAAGAACGUUCAUUAGCAAGUUAGCACCGUUUAAUCUCGAAAGAUAAAUAUAUUUGUAAGUUUUUUAUAUUAGUAUUGAUCACCCUAAUGGUGGCGACUGUAUAAGACUUACAAACGUAUGAAACAAUGGUGGAAGCUCAUGAAAUAGGAAUGACCUUGACUCUCGCCUAAACGGGACAACGUCAGAUUCUCUUUUCGAUCGAAUAAAAGGUUGCUAAUAUUUAUUAUUUUAGAUGAGCUGACAACUCUAUUCAAUGGAUGAUAGUUUUGACUCUCACCUAAACAGGACACUGAUAUUAGUUUGUUGAAAACCUUAGAAAUUAUUUAGGAUUGUAUUUUUUAGUAUUUUCUCUAGUCAUUCCUACUUGCUAUGUGCUAAUAAUUUCUGAAUAAGAUUUUGUGUUAAACCAUAAUUGAUUCCUAUUUAUUAUUUUGUAGUAUCCUAAAUUGCCAUGUCAAAUCCCAUGUUGUCACUAUUGACUGAAAAUAAGCUAAAUGGAUCUAACUUCCCUAAAUGGAGAGAGAACAUUAAUAUUGCUCUCGUAGGUGAAGUGCCCUGUUUGUGUUGACUGAGCCGCCUCCUGAACAGCCAGGUGACAAUGCAACCAAAGCUGUUAAAGAGAAGUUCGAGCGUUGGCAGAAUGCUAACAACAAAGCUCGAUACUUCAUGCUUUCCAGCAUGGUUGACACCUUGAAAAAAAGGUUUGCUAACGCUGUCACGGCUGCAGAAAUCAUGACGCAGUUAACCGAGCUAUUCGGUAUGGCAUCUAUCCAGUCUCGCUUUGACGCGACUAAGAAAUUUAUCAAUGCACGGAUGGAACCCCAUCAGAAUGUGCGUGAUCACCUUCUCCAAAUGGCAGGUUAUUUCUAAGAAGCUCAGGAUCAUGGUGCUGAAAUGGAUCAGACUACUCAAGUGAGUCUCAUCUUGAAUAGUCUGACUUCAGAUUUUCUGCCCUAUACAUCAAAUUAUGUCAUGAACAAGAAGGAACAAGACUUUCACACGUUAGUCAAUGACCUUCAGACAUAUGAAAAUUUGAUUGGAGGACCCAAGAAGAAAGGGAGUAAACCUCAGAAUUCUAGAAAUAGUAAUAGGACGAAUAAUGCUGAGGCAUAUGUUGCCUCUACUUCCAAAUCCAAGAAUAAGAAGAAGUGGAAAAAUGCCAAGAAGCGAGCUCAAGCUGUGAAAACAGCUAAGAACAAAAAGGCUGCAGCUUCUGGUGAUACACCAAAAGGAAAAUGUUUCUACUGCAAUAAGAAAGGCCAUUGGAAACCUCAAUGUCCUAAGCUUCUUGCAAAGAAACAAGCUCAAGCUUUUUAAACUUAGGUGCUGUCUUAGCGAGUUGGAUCUAAAAGCUGGAUAAAGGGAUGGAGUUCGUCAAAGAUAAAGAAGAAGCUCAUUUAUUUAUUUAUUUUGAAUUAAUUGUUUCAAUUUUAAAACAAUUUGGAUUUCAAGUUUGGGAUUUUAUUCCCUGUUCUCAUAAUGUUGCAAAUAAUUUUUUUUUAAUUUAUAAUUAAGUUUUUUUUACAAAUAAAUUGUAAUCUAUGAGUUGAGCUUCAUUACUUUAUCUUAUAAAUCAAUUGCCAAUUAUUAUU